AUGGGGUGCGCACAGUCCGUCGCCUUGGACGCCAGCCAGCCGAGGUCUCAGGGACAGGGGCGUGGCAAGAAGAGGGUCAUUCCUCUCACGGGCGCUGCCAGUAAGGGGCUCGUGGUCCCACCGCGCCGGUCGAGUAUCGUUCCUCUACCUGACGACCUGCAGCCAAGCGCUGCCGCCAAGCCUGCUCUCAGCGCCAGAGAGCAAUUCGCUUCGGAGUACGAGCUUGGCAACACGCUUGGCAAGGGAUCGUUCGGGAUCGUCAUGUCCGCCCGCGAGAGGAGCUCCCAGAGCUUGGACGCCGUGAAGAUCAUUGACUCCAGAGAAGGCCAGGACAGGAAGCGGGAGCUCGCCAUGCAGGAGGUCAAGGUGUGGCGCGCCGUGGGAAGACACCCCAGCGUGGCGGAGCUGCGCAGGGUGUUCUGUGAUAGCCGCGUCGUUUUCAUGGUCAUGGAGAGGUGCGAGUGCACGGUCUCAGAGAAGGCCGACUCCAACCCGGAGCUUCUGCAGUCUGGACUCCCGCACCUCCUGCACCAGAUGCUCCUUGGCCUGGAGGCCUGCCACCGAGCCUCGGUGGUUCACCGUGACGUCAAGCCGGACAACUGCCUCCAGCUGAACCACGUGGUGGUGGCCAGCAACAUCCAGCCCCUGCUCGAGAUCAUCGGGCAGUCCUCGACGAUCUUCAAGAGCACGGCGGAGGUAGACGACCUUAUCAUGUUCACGGUGAUGGGGGAGACGAAUAGGAUCGAUCAAUGCAAUGACAUAUCCUCGUUGAGCGACGUCAUGACCAUCAAGACGAAGCCCGAGGCCGGCAACGACGGCAUCUCCAGCGAGACAGCCACAGGGGAGAAGCGUGAACCUUCCUGCACAUCAGUUCCUUGGUGGGUGACAUGUUCAGUGUUUUUACUGACAGCCAUAUUCUUCUUGAUGUGGGGCAUCAAGUGCAUCGCUUCGAGUAUCAUGACAAUGGGUAUCAUGAUGAUUUCGAACUUCAACUACACGAACUGUCUCUCUGAGAUACCGUGGGUUGGUUCAGAUUUUGACAGGGGCAACCUCGACACGGAGGUUGGCAAUUUUGACGACGACUUCACGUUCGGGAUGAUCAUUCACUACGUCAUCACGACAAUGGGUAUCAAGAUGAUGGUGAACCUUGACUACACAGACAGUAUCUCAGAGAUACCGUGUGCAGGUUCAGAUUUUGACAGGGGCAACUUCUUAAGUGAGGUUGGCAAUUUUGAGAGGGCGCUUAUCAAUGACACGAUGUGCAGCUAUUUCAGUACGACAGUGAAUCGGAUCGAUUCAAGUUUUGGAAGAUCAGAUUACCAAACAGAGCAAGGCAUCGCGACUCACAUGAUGGACAUCAGUGGGAUCCAGAAGACGAACGACCACACGAACGACGAGGACAACAACUGCACCAUGAGGGAGAGACAAGGGCAGCCACAGCUCAUGUCUCCUCCUUACUGGACAGGUGUUAACCUGGAGAUUACUGCAGCUUGGGAGAAGGUGUUCUCAUCGGCGCCAGGGGCUUGA